CAACACGUCUAGGUCAUUCGCAGCAACGAGCAGUCUGCUGGUUAGUGAAAUGACUUCUAAUUCUAUUCAGAGAAAAGAAGUUAGGUGCCUACAAGACGAAUAUGAUAAACUUCUCCAGUCCUCCAAUUUUUCUGGAAUUAAAAAACUAUUGGAAGGAGGUGAAAAGCUACGGUAUCAAGCAAACCAUUUAGAAAAGGUAAUAAAGUAAAAUGUUCACUGUAUUAGUAUUUGAAACAAUUGGACAACCAUGUGCGGUGUAAUUCCAUAAGUAUCCAAGCUGCCGUGGCUGCUUUGUUUGAUUACGCUAUAAAAACAGUGUUCAUAAAUACUAAACACUGUGUACAACUCAAUGUUCCCACUAAACGUAGUUUUGGGGAUUAUCAGUGCAACUCUGCUCUUAGCAUUCGAAAAGAGUCAAACACUGGUCAAAAUCCAUUUGAUAUUGCAAAAUCGAUCGUUGCUGCUUUACCUGCUAAUGAUUUAAUCGAAAGAGUGGACAUUGUUCUUCCUGGCUUUAUAAACAUUUGGAUUAAACAACAAUUCAUUUCUACUGAAGUCAGAAAGAUUUUACUUUAUGGGGUUACACCCCCAUUCAUACCUCAUAAAUACUCUGUGAUUGUCGAUAUGUCCUCUCCAAACAUCGCCAAAGAAAUGCAUGUGGGACAUUUAAGAUCAACUAUUAUUGGAGAAAGUAUUUCCCGUUUGCUUUCAUUUUUGGGACACAAAGUACUAAAACUCAAUCAUCUUGGGGAUUGGGGAACACAGUUUGGGAUGUUAAUAACCCACUUAAAAGAGAUAUAUCCUGAUCAUAAAACUGCACCUCCUAUAUCAGACCUCCAAGCUUUUUAUAAAACUUCCAAAACUAGAUUUGAUGAGGAAAAAGAUUUUAAUCAAAGAGCUCAUAUGGCCGUUGUUAAACUUCAACAAAACGAUCCUGAGUAUGUACGUGCUUGGAAACAAAUUUGUGACAUAUCACGAAAAGAAUUCGACGACGUAUACCGUCGAUUGGGCAUUGAAAAUCUUAUCGAGCGUGGAGAAUCAUUUUAUCAAAGUCGAAUGGAAGAGUUUGUUAAUGAUCUAAAAAGUCAGAAUGUUCUGCAGGAAGAUGAGGGUAGAUUGAUUUUGUGGCCACCCAAAUGUGAAGUUCCUCUCACAGUUGUAAAAUCAGAUGGUGGUUUUACCUAUGAUACAUCUGACUUAACUGCUUUACUUCAGCGUUUGCAUGAAGAAAAGGCGGAUUGGGUUUUGUAUGUUGUGGACAUGGGUCAGUCUGUUCAUCUUAACACGGUAUUUGCGGGUGCAGAAAUGCUUGGUUAUUAUAAUCCGAAUGUGCACAGAGUUCAACAUAUUGGAUUCGGUGUGGUGCUCGGUGAAGAUAAGAAAAAAUUUAAAACUCGUUCCGGUGACACAGUUCGUCUUGUUGAUUUAUUGGAUGAAGGUCUUGAACGAGCAAAGAACCGAUUGCUUGAGAAAGAAAGAAAUAAAGAGCUGAGUGAAGCUGAAUUUGAACGAGCUCAAAAGGCUGUAGCAUAUGGUUGUAUUAAGUAUGCUGAUUUAUCACAUAGUCGAACAAUUGACUAUGUAUUCUCAUUCGAUAGGAUGUUGGAUGAUAAAGGAAACACUGCAGUUUACUUGUUAUAUGCAUAUACACGAAUCAGAUCAAUUAUAAGAAAUGCUGGUUAUUCUGAAAGAACAAUCAAUGAAAUUAGUGAAACAGUACCACUGAGAUUUGAACAUCCUAUGGAGUUGACAUUAGCCAAAGCAUUAUGUCGUCUACCAGAUAUUUUAAUAAAAAUUCAAAAUGACUUUCUAUUGCAUAGCCUAUGCGAUUAUUUGUACGACUUGAGUUGUGACUUUACAAACUUUUACGAUGCAUGUUACUGUAUUGAACGGAAUCAAGAGACCGGUGAUGUUCAAAUUAAUAAAGAACGUAUUGUAUUAUGUGAAGCUACUGCUCGAGUAAUGAAAUGUGGAUUUGAUAUACUUGGAAUUGAAACAGUUGAAAAAAUGUAAAUGUUUUUGUGCUUAGUUGAACAAUAAACAUUUGUACAAAAGGAGUA